AUAAUUGUCAUGUUUAAUAUAUAUUGUCAACAUUUUUGCCCAGGCUAUAACCCAAGACAUACCAGCCUAAAGCAUGGGUGAAUAUACCUGCUUUGUACUGUUUGGGUUCUUUCCUUUUGAUGUGUUAUGCGCGAUUGAUUGUCCUCUUUAUGUAACUUUUUUCCUGUUCGGCGGGGGACAUGGCAGUCUUUGACUGGCUAUUUUUGAAAAGUGUCAAUUUAUUCUUAUCUUGCGGAUUUAUUUAUUUUAUUCAUUUUCUUAUAUAAAACUAGGUAUAGUCAAAAAGAAACUACUCAAGUAAGAAAUACAAUUAAAUCACGUAGUGAAAAUACGCGUAAGCAUAACUUUUAGGAUAAAUAUAGGAAGUUUUAGAAAAUAAAAAAAUAAUCUGAAGCGCUCGGCCGUUGUAAAUUUAGAGGGCUCCAAAAAAGACCAAACGCCUAAAUUCGAACAAGAACAUGAAUGGAAAUCGUAUCAAAAUCGCCUGAAGUUGUAAUCGUUAACACACACUCAUAGGAAAAUAAUAUAGUGAUUGACAUGUUUUCUCAGGCUGGUUUACUUUUGACGUUAAUACAUAAUUAGACUCUAUUCACGUUAACAUGCAAAUAUCAUCCACAUCAAAGUCAUGGCCAUUCAGAAGUAUUUAUUGUACACUUAAAAAGUUGUCAGUUGUACUCGUAAGUGUCUAUGAAAAUAAUACUUCACUUAUACUAAACUAAGAUAAAGACACUUGACAGAUUGGAAGGAACAAAUAUCUGAGAUAGAAGAACAGACAAUGAAAGUUCGUUCAAAUGGAAUAUCACACUCUCCUACUUCCUGUCCUUGAAAAUACACUUGACCAAGGCCAAUACAGAAACCACGAGAUGAAGGCAAUGGGCGACAAUUUACCGCCGCCACAUAAUACGUGAUGAUUUCUACAUUGGUAUUUCGAUUGUAUACUAUAAUCUUAAAUCAUCACUUACCCGUAUUUAGCACAAACUUAAGUUAUAUCUUGGUUUAUCUAUAAAAUAUGUAUAUUUGUACUUCAAAUUGGAUAUACAUCAAUCAAAUAGAAGACAUGAAAUUUGUAAUGAUAUAUAUUUAUUCUUUUACUAAUACCACUAUCGUUUCUCUUUUCCUUGAACAAAGACAUGUAAAAAGAAAUCUGGGCAAAUUCAGAGCUAUUUGAAUCUAUCACAACAUGGAAGAUGACAUUGUUGGUUAAAAUUAAUUAUGUAAUCAGAAUUCAUACAGUCAUAGAAAGAAAGUUCCUUCUUUGAGCGCUUCGUGAAACUUUUUCUAUUGUAUAUCUUACGCAUGUCCUCUACAGGAACUAUAUUGUAUGGUUUCAUACAUUUUAGAACAAAUAGAAUGUUUGCUCACGAUCUUUGUUCUCGUGAUAGUAUUCUAUUGCCAUGCAAAAUCGGGUAUGUAACAUGUUUAUGUGCUGUUAAAUCUUGCACACAGAAUCUAACUUGAAAUGGCCAUAUUGCCAUAUUAUUUUAUUUUUGUUUAAACAAAUAAUUAGGCGGACAGGAAUAAGGGGCCCGCAUAUCUUUAUUGCUAGUAAUGAAAGUUUAUUUGAACGUAUAUGUGAAGUGUUUGUUUGUAAUUAAGCCUAGUUAUAAAUCAGUUUGGUAGAUUGUUAUUGUUGUUGCUACUAUGAUAAAUUAAAAUAAAAGAGAUAUUCUUCACGGACAAAGUUACUUUGGGCUGGUACAAUGGAGAAGGUGUUUGUGUUUAGCCUGUCGGUGUUUCUGAUUGUUAUGCUGGCUUCGUUGGUAUAUACUCAAGGAACAAACGUUGCUAUCGGUCAGAAUGCCAGCCAAUUACAGACUUUGGAAUUUAAUGGGUUCAACUGGACAGCGGACAAUGUUGUAGAUAACUGUACAUUGCAAGACGACCCUGACAAUCAACAAUGUUGUGGCGCAUCAACAGAUAUAGGUAAUGCUAAUUAUAUCCGAGUGGAUUUCGACAAAGCUUACAACAUCAGUACAAUCGUUAUAUACGGAAGAGGAGAUACUGAAACCCAGACAAAGGAUUUCCUGGUACAUAUUGUGAACGAGAGCGGAGUAGAGGUCCUGGUAUAUGACAACACGUGCUGUGACUAUGGUAACGGAAUAUUCACCAUACCUGUGAAUGAUACGGCUGUUCUAUCAAUCGUCCUUACCAGACCUAAUAAUGCCAUACUGACUGUGUGCGAGAUACAGGCUUUCCAAACAAUGGAAGAUGUCAUCUCACCAUCAGCAGUCACUGUAACAUCUACAACAGUAAAUACAACAAUGAACGGAAAUCCAAAUGCUGCACCAGGCAUGUUUAGACAUGGUGAAGUGGUUAUGUUAUUAUUAAUGAAUAUUUUGUUUCUUUUGAGAAACAUCUAAUGUGUUUUAGGAAACAUUAAUAUGCAUGAUUCAGAGAUGAUAUAUCCAAGGGGAAAAACAAAACGUUUUUGUUCCUAUAUAAUAAUACCGAAAGCGCUUGUCCUUAUGUUAUAUUAAAAUCUAAUGGUAUCAACCAAUUUCUGUUAAAAUUUUGGCUAAUUUUGUGUUCUAUUUUUAUCUAUUAAGUGACAAUACGACCAGGAAUAACAUAAUCUUUGUUAAGUAGACGUUCUUUCAAGUUGAUAUGGGAAACAGAAAUUGACACUAUUGGCUGAAUUAAUACAAGUUGUAGAUUCAACGGCAUUAUUUGAUAUAUAUUCAAAAUGUAACGACAAAAUAUUCUGAUAGAGACAUUGAAUACUUGAUAUGUCCUUCAGUAUUUGCAUGUUCUACACACUGUUUCCCUUUAAGUCAGGGUGUGUAUCUCAAUGAAUGAACACCAUGGUACAUUUUAAAUUGGUUACAAUCUUUUUUUCGACACAGAAGAAAGAAAAUAAUAUUUGAUUUCGUUUGCGAGAAUACAUUAUGAAUUAUAACGUGUCUGAUUAUACUGAAGCCUGCAUUAAUCGAUAUAUUUCAUAAUAGUACAGUCUAAUCAAUAGCAGAACAAUGUUGUUUUGUAAUCAUUGAAAUUUUAAUUAUACAAUGAUGGUCCUAUAUACAGGUUUUUAGCUAAAUUGUCAAAUAUCUUUAAAUAUUAAGAGGAUAUUCUUUCCUUUGAGUGAAAUAUGGAAUAUAUUUUCACGAAACAUGAUAAAAUGCCACAUAUUUUCACGAGCCGAGACGACUUUUCUACUGUGAAAUCAGAAAUUUUUCGCGAUGGCUUAAAUUUUUCUUAUUUCGCGAAUUGAGAUUUUCGCGGAAAAUGUUCUUUAAGAAGCUACUAGCUUAUGAAAGUAUAAUAUAUAUAUUAAACUGAACUAAGUGGAGAAAUUCGCAAAUAUUUAACUUUGCCAUUUAGUCAGCAAUGUUGAUUUCGGGGUAAUUAUGGUCGAUUGAAAAAAGCUGACUUUACAGUAUUUGAUAACUCUUCUAGAGUAUAAGUCAUUACUUUAAACGAAAACCUGUUAUUUAUGACCGCACAUUUUUUUGUUCUGUUCCAUUUCAUAACCAAUAAAUACAGUGUAUAUCAACUAGUUAAGAAGAAAACACAGAGACGCACACACAUGCGCGCGCACGCACGC